AUGAUUGAUUUGUUCAAGAAGGUUCAUAUAAACAUCCCACUCCUUGAAGCCGUGAAGACAAUCCCAUCUUAUGCUAAGUUCUUGAAGGAGAUGUGCAUGAAGAAGAAGAAGUUCAAAGAACAUGAGCAAAUGGCUCUUUGUGAAGAAGUGAGUGCUAUCAUUCAAAGAAAGCUUCCACCAAAGCUCAAAGAUCUGGGAAGCUUCACUAUUCCAAGCAAGAUUGGAGAAACUACUUUUGACAAGUGCUUGAUGGAUCUUGGGGUGAGUAUCAAUUUAAUGCCCUAUUCGUCUUUGAAGAAGCUUGGUCUUGAAGGAGUUUUGAAACCAACUUCAAUCACUCUCCAAUUGGCGGAUAGAAGCAUGAGGUAUCCUAGAGGUAUCUUGGAGAAUGUGCUUAUCAAUGUAGCAAAGUUUGUGAUACUGGCGGAUUUUAUAGUCUUAGACAUGGAGGAAGCCCCCAUGGUUGGCAAUGAGCUUCCUAUCAUCUUUGGAAGAGCUUUCAUGGCCACCGCCGGUGUCAAGAUCAAUGUGAAGAAAGGCACCAUGAGCAUGAAAGUACUUGGAGACAAAAUCAAGUUCCAAAUCUUUCCUCCCUUUCAAAUUUCGGAUGACAUGAAUGAAUACUAUUUUUUUGGUUACUAUGGAGAGGCGUAA